AUGAUCAUUCAUAGUACUACUACUACUACUACUACUACUACUACUACUACUACUACUACUACUACUACUACUACUACUACUACUACUACUACUACUACUACUACUACUACUACUACUACUACUACUACUACUACUACUACUACUACUACUACUACUACUACUACUACUACUACUACUACUACUACUACUACUACUACUACUACUACUACUACUACUACUACUACUACUACUACUACUACUACUACUACUACUACUACUACUACUACUACUACUACUACUACUACUACUACUACUACUACUACUACUACUACUACUACUACUACUACUACUACUACUACUACUACUACUACUACUACUACUACUACUACUACUACUACUACUACUACUACUACUACUACUACUACUACUACUACUACUACUACUACUACUACUACUACUACUACUACUACUACUACUACUACUACUACUACUACUACUACUACUACUACUACUACUACUACUACUACUACUACUACUACUACUACUACUACUACUACUACUACUACUACUACUACUACUACUACUACUACUACUACUACUAAAGUUGGCAUUUUGUGCUGA